AUGUGGGGAAAAAUUGUUUAUGUUUUUAUAAUAACUAUAAUGACGUAUAUAUUGAAACAACUUCUUUCUGAAACGCCUAAUUAUGUAAAAUUUCAAUCUAAAUUCCUCGCUUUUUACAUUUGGACGUCUGUUACAAGUCUGUUUAUGCUGCCUUUUUUCGUAUUGAACGCUAGAAGUGUUUUAAAUUCAUUAUAUGGUAGUCAAAUAAUAAAACAUGUAACCAAACUUAUACAAAUAAAGUGGGUGUUGAGAAAUGGUGAAAUUCUUAUGGAGGAUAGAGGAGCUGUUAUUGUAUCAAACCAUCAGUGUUCUAUGGAUAUAUUGGGUAUGUUUAACAUAUGGCAUGUAGCAGGGAAAAUAGCCGCUGUUGCCAAGAAAGAACUAUUUUACUUUUGGCCAUUUGGUUUAGCGGCGUAUCUUGCAGGAGUUGUAUUCAUUGACAGAAAUAACUCAAAGGAUGCUUACAAAACUCUCAAAACCACAUCUGACGUCAUGAUUAAAAAAAAGACAAAGCUUUGGAUAUUCCCUGAAGGUACUAGAAAUAAACAUUUCAAAAAGUUAUUGCCUUUCAAAAAUGGAGCCUUUAGGAUAGCCAUUGCUGCACAAGUUCACAUCAUUCCAGUAGUUAUCUCACCUUACUAUUACAUCAAUAGUAAAAAAUAUAUAUUUAAUAAAGGUCACAACAUAAUUCAGUGCCUGGAACCAGUACCAACUGCAGGUCUUACAAUGGACGAUGUACCAAAACUCAGGGAAGAAAUCAAAAGCAUUAUGGAAAAUGUAUACAAGGAAUUAUCUGAGGAGGUUCUAAGUGCUCUACCACCAGACUACCCUCUUGCUACACAGGACUGAGAAAAUUAGUAAAAAUGUUUGUUAGUUAGAACUAUAUUAACAAUUUACAUCACAUUACCAAAUAAAGAAGCAGUUAGUUUUAGUGAUAAAUGAUAAUUUAAAGUAAUUUAUGUUACGCUAAUAACAGAACCAAUAAUUAAUUAACUACCUAUAUGUACUUAAUUUCACACACUUUAAAAGUGAAUUUUGUACUUGGAAUCAAAGUAGAUAAUACAUUUAUUAUCUUAAUCCUAUAUAGGUUUAGGUUAAAAAUAAAAUUAUUGUACUA